AUCUUAUUUUUGAAGACGUCUAGCAAGUAAAUAAACAUUUGCCAUUUCGAUACUUCCCUUCCCGCUUUCCCUAUGAUUUCCAAAAAAUUCUUUCCGUUUGCAAUUCAUAGAGGUUUUUGCUGUGUUCCCCCAUUCACUGCAUGUGAGCUAUUUUCACAGGAAAGAAAAAAAUCAUUGCAAGAUAAAGUAUCCAAGUUGCAUAGGGCACGAUCCUCUUCGAUUCGUGGUGUAGUCGAUGGAGAUAAAAUAGGACUAUUGAAACGUGCUGCAGUUUUAGUUCCUUUAGUUUUGGUCAAUGACCAAUCAUGCCUGCUCUAUACAGCUAGAUCAUCUAAUUUGAGAUCCCACGGGGGGGAAAUAAGCUUCCCUGGUGGAAAAUUUGACAGUGUGGACAAAAACGCUGAAGGUGCUGCCCUGCGAGAAACGGAAGAAGAACUGGGCUUAAACAGAGAUCUAUUUGAGAUUUGGGCACAAUUACCAUCUCUACAGGGGAGAGAUGGCAAAACAGCUAUUACACCAGUUAUUGCUUUAUUGAAGGAACCGUUGAUUCUAUCCAGCUUGAAGCCAAAUCCUGAAGAAGUUUCAAACACCGUCAUUUGCACUGUAGCUGAGCUGUGUGAGGAGAAAAAUCAAGCCUUCACCCAGUUCAUGGCUGGAUACACAUUGCCAGUUUAUUUUGGCCAGCAGACCAAUGACAAUUGUCAUCCAAAGAUAUGGGGCUUGACUGCCAUCAUCACCCACUUAACUCUUAGUGCUCUAAUACCAGAUGUGUACAAAUUGAAACUACCGUUCGUCAAAAGAAUCUGUAGGAUUUCGAGUGAUAAGUGAAAAAGGCAGGCAGAGAGUAAUCGUUAGUAAAAUUUAUCGAGUUAAAACUGAAAAAAAAAGCCUUCCUUGAAUAUACUGCCUACCAUUUAA